GACAGGUUCGAUAUUAAGGACUUUGUCGGUGCGGUCUCAGACAAGCUGAUUACCCAGUCGCAAGAAGAGCCUGGUCGUAUGCUCAUCGCAAUUCGAAAGGAUCUACAGCAACGUACGGAGCAAAUGGAGAAGAGUGUAAGACAAGGUGAAAAGGAGUUUAGUGCGCGGAUGAAAGGAUUGAACGAUAAUUUCGAGGUAUUACCUUCACGGCCUAGAGAAAGCCCUCCUAACGCACCUAAUUGA